AUGAAACUCGCCAAUAAUAAAGAUACUGCUAAACAGGGAAGGGUAUUUGUGCUAAUUCCGGGGGACGUGCAGAAUACUGAGGCUGUGGUAUUAGUCGGAUUUUUGGUUCAUGUCAUAACAAAAGAGGGUGUUUCUGUCGACCCACACAAAAUUGAAGCUAUUGUGAAUUGGCCAACUCCUACCAAUGUAACCGAGGUGCGUAGCUUCUUGGGGUUAGCCGGGUACUAUCGAAGAUUUGUUAAAGAUUUUUCCAAAAUUGUUGUGCCGCUUACUCAGUUAACUCAGAAAGGUGUCUUGUUUGAAUGGUCGGAACAACGAGAAUUUGCCUUUCAGGAGUUGAAGACGAGGUUAACUACAACACCUAUUCUUGCCUUGCCAUCUGGCACCAAAGGAUUUGUCAUUUCUAGUGAUGCUUCCUACAAAGGUUUAGGCUAUGUACUUAUGCAAAAUGGGAGGGUUAUUGCAUAUGCCUCUCGCCAACUUAAACCCCAUGAAAAGAAAUAUCCCACACACGAUCUUGAGCUAGCUGCAGUGGUCUUUGCCUAA